AUUUUCAUCGACUUACUCUUCUUUGAAAACCUAGCGAGAACUGGUUCUUGUUCCGCCCCAGCUCACGUUUAUAAUGGCAGAUGAGGAUGAGUAUCGCUGUUUUGUUGGUGGCCUUGCAUGGUCAACAUCGGAUAGAAAGUUAAAAGAUACAUUUGAAAAAUUUGGCAAGCUUACGGAGGCGAAGGUGGUUGUUGACAAAUUCUCUGGGCGUUCUCGUGGUUUUGGAUUUGUUACAUUUGAUGAAAAGAAAGCAAUGGAAGAUGCUAUUGAUUCUAUGAAUGGGAUAGAUUUAGAUGGCCGAACUAUUACGGUCGACAAAGCUCAACCUCAUCAAGGAUCAGGUAGAGAUGCUAGAGAUGAUGGUGAUCGCUACCGAGAACGUGGUCGUGAUCGGGGUGAUCGUGACCGUGACCGAGGUGGUCGAGGAUCCAGUGAUGGAGGAUGCUUUAAUUGUGGUAAGCCUGGUCAUUUUGCUAGGGAGUGCCCUAGUGAAGGGGGAAGAGGAGGGAGGUAUGGUGGUGGCAGAGAAAGUAGAUACGGUGGAAGCGGUGGUGGUGGUGGUCACUAUGGUCCAGAUAGAAAUGGAGAUCGUUAUUCUGGAGGUCGUAGCAGGGAUUCGGGUAGUCGUGGAGAUUCUGGAAAUGAUCGUUACUCCCGUGAUCGUGAUCGUGCUGGACCAUAUGAACGACGUGGAUCUGGAGGCUUUCGUUGAUAUACUUUGGUCUUUUCAUUGAGCUUUGAAAUCAAAGAGGUUGCUGUUGAUGCUUAUCUUUCUUUUUCAUUCAGAAUGUUCUGGGAUUGUUGUUUGGAUGGACCAAUGAUACCGGUGUUUUGAAAUGCAAUACUUGGCACCUUUGUUAGACUAAUUAAUGUUCCUAUAUGCCGAUAGUUUGGUCUGUUGAAAUCUAAUGACAUACCGUUGAAUUCGAUGUUGUGCUCUAUGCUAUCAAUAAUUGCCGCUGGUUAUCUUGUGA